CAGCGUUUGCCACAAGAGACCAGCACAAGAGGAAAGGCUGCGUCCCGCACCGCGCCGACCCAUAAGUCUCCAUCCCUACCCAUUAAAUAUAACUGAUAAUAAAGCUAUAGCGACGUAGGGUGUAACCUAAUGUGACGUUCCGCGCGUCUUAUUGGGCAAACCGCUUUCCCGCUAUCCCAGAUGAUUGGCGUGGCUCGUGAGGGUUGAACCUCUAGAGCCGCCUUCCACCCUCAGUAGACGUUACUGACGCCGAGCGUCGUUCCGGAUUCUCUGGAGGUGGGGCAGGGCAGCCCUGGGGAGGUAACUCACCCGUCCGCCUCGAACUUGCCUGCCUGCAAUAUUUGCGAGAAACACAACAUCCACCACUCCACCCUCGAGAGGUCGCCGUCAAAUUGCCAGCAGACCAUUCGAUGCUUAUCAACGUCCCAGUCGUGUUUAUCCGCUUGUUGGGCUCGCGCAUCAAACUUCUCCCGCGAGAAACACCAAGCAACUAACAAUUUAUCUUUUUCAUCCAUCGGGACGAAACUGUUAUGAGUGUUAAAGUUGUGUUGUUGUUUUUGUGACGCUUUUUACGAGAGAGACAUACACACCGAAAACUUUGUUGUUGUUGCGGUCGAGUGGUGCGGUUUAGUGUGAAGCCGCGAAAGACUUGACCUGCUGUCUCAAACAUCAGCCAAGACGCGGUCCGACGAGAGCAUCCCCGCGGAGCGCGGUUAUCCGACGGCGUCUCCCUGGCCGGCGCUCUCUUUGCCAGCGCCUGAACUGGACCCGGUCACAGCGGCCUGGGGCCGAAAACUGUAUCCCCCUGGUACGGGUACCACCAGAGUAACUGGCCCCGGACUCAUGUUUGGACUGCACCAUCACCAAGAUGCUACCGGACUGCAUCACCAUCACCAGCCACGUGGGCCCAGCCUUAAGGAGGAACCCCUUUCUACAGCCAGGUCCUGGAUGCAGUCCACCGGUCCAGACCAAAAUGGAAUUGGUGUUGGUCGUGCACAUUUCGAAAAGCAACCACCAAGUAAUUUAAGAAAGUCGAACUUCUUUCAUUUCGUAGUUGCACUUUAUGAUAGAUCUGGACAACCUGUUGAAAUUGAAAGAACCGCCUUUAUUGGAUUCAUCGAAAAAGACCAGGAAGCCGAUGGCCAAAAAACUAACAACGGCAUUCAGUACAGACUGCAACUGUUGUACGCUAAUGGAGUGCGCCAAGAACAAGACAUCUUCGUUCGACUUAUCGAUUCUGUUACAAAGCAAGCUAUAAUCUACGAAGGCCAAGACAAAAAUCCAGAAAUGUGCCGAGUACUUCUGACGCACGAAAUAAUGUGCAGCCGAUGUUGCGACAAAAAAAGCUGCGGCAACAGAAAUGAAACACCCUCCGACCCAGUAAUUAUAGACAGGUUUUUCCUGAAAUUCUUCCUCAAGUGCAAUCAAAAUUGUUUAAAAAACGCUGGAAACCCAAGGGACAUGCGCAGAUUCCAGGUGGUAAUAUCCACACAGGUGGCAGUAGAUGGGCCACUGCUGGCGAUAUCGGACAACAUGUUUGUUCAUAAUAAUUCCAAACACGGCAGACGAGCUAAACGAUUGGAUCCGACAGAAGGUCAAUUUCCAGGACUCUAUCCUCCUCUACCCGUUGCCACCCCAUGCAUCAAAGCCAUUAGCCCGAGCGAGGGAUGGACGUCAGGUGGAUCAACAGUCAUCAUCGUUGGUGACAACUUUUUUGAUGGUCUGCAAGUCGUCUUUGGAACUAUGCUAGUCUGGAGUGAGCUAAUUACACCGCACGCAAUAAGGGUACAAACGCCACCGAGGCACAUUCCCGGAGUUGUGGAAGUUACACUCUCAUAUAAAUCAAAACAGUUCUGCAAAGGAGCGCCCGGAAGAUUUGUUUAUGUUUCAUUGAAUGAGCCAACGAUAGACUAUGGUUUCCAAAGACUGCAAAAACUGAUCCCCCGGCAUCCCGGGGACCCGGAAAAGUUACCCAAGGAAAUAAUACUGAAGAGGGCGGCCGACUUGGCCGAGGCGCUUUACACGAUGCCACGAAAUAAUCAAUUGUCGUUAUCCGGGCCCAGGUCGCCAACGAUGGGCAAUAACGGGAUGUCUUCCACUUUCAACGCCUAUACGGGACAGUUGGCGGUCAGCGUGCAGGACAACGGAAACGAGGAGUACGGUCGGACGCAGAGCAGCAGCGUGUCGCCGCGAGGGGGCGGGUACUGUUCGAGCGCAUCGACGCCGCACUCGUCGAACGGCGGCGGCAGCUACGCCAGCAACAUGAACGGCUACGGCGGCUCCACGCCGACCAGUACGGCGCAGCUGUCCAACAUGCUGCCCAGCUCACCGUCGGCGGGCAUCUUUAAUACCACACCCCGAAUGGGAUUAGUUUCAUCACCGUUUGCCUCAAUGAAUCCGUUCGCGCUUCCGACCUGCAACUCGCAGACUUACGGCGCGAGCCCGCUGGUCGGCACCACCAAAUAGCCAAUCGACCAAAUGGCAAGCUCGGACUACUGUUCGUCCAAUUCUUCGCAAACUUCCCAAACAAACAGUGCAAUAUACUCGGUGUAACGCGAUUUAAUAAACGAAAAACCAAAACGAACUUUAACAAAUUGCCGCAAUCGAACAUUUCUGUAGUUAAGUAGAUUUCAACAGUUUUUUCUCUUUCGUAUAAGCCGCUCAGCAACUAAACAUCUUAUCGUGUUUUUUCUUUAAACUAUACGGUGGUCACGUUUUAUUUUACAGAAAAGUAGCAUAUGUUGGUUUUUGCUGAAUCCUAAAUUUGUAUAAAUACAGUUGUACAAAAUUAAAAUUUAUACACUAUUCAAGCAUGAAAAACCUUUGGACUAAAUAAAAAAUAUCAUUAUAAGACUUGAAGAUUUUAGAAGCAAUAUUAUGAAUAAUUUAAAAUAUUUAAAAUAUAGCGCAAAUGCAGAUUUAAAUCAAAAGUCACUUCUAAGCUUCUCAAUUAACUGCUUUGGUAGAAUGACGUCGAAAAACUGAUUUUUAAAUAAAAGUGACAUUACACAAAGCGACUAAACGAAGAAAAUGCAACUUUUUAUUUUGAGAACGUUGUUCCAGUAAAGCGUUAAAUGAUUUAUGGGUUAAUUUAUAUUAAAUCAACAAAUUUAAUUUAAAAAGGUGCAGAUAUUCAUUAAUUUUUUAGAUGUUCAGUUUUUCUGUGAGCGCGGUCAGCCUAUUUUGCAGUUUACAGAGAAUUGAGUUAAACUCUGUUUUUUUUAAAUAUAUUUAGUUUAAAUAAAACCACGUUAAAAAGCAUAAAAUUUACAAUAUUUUCUUUCCAGUAUACAACACCAUUUUCAAAGUUAUCUGCUCACCAUUGCUACUAUUUUAAUUAAAUUAGCAAAUUUGUGGUAUUUUUUCUUCUAAUUUGAAUGUUGAAAUUAGAAAAAUAAUUGAACCUGGGUUUUCGAAAUAUUCACAAAAAUAAAUUUUUUUAAAUGGGACACCCCUUUAUAUUUUUACAUAUUUUCAGAUACCCACCCUAAAAUUAUAAUUAAACCAGCACUUUAACUUUCUGAUGAUUGUUGAAAUAACCAAAUUAUUCCUUUAUUUUAACAACAAUCAGACAGUUCAAGUGAUUACUAAUUGUUAAGGGUAGUUAUGCAAUAACCAACAAUUAAAUUGUCUUUUAAAAUAUGUAAAAAUAUUUAGGAUAUUUCAUUUUAAAAACUGUUUUUUGUGAGUAUUUCGG